ACUUGCGUUUGGAAAAUCUGAGAAGUCAUUCUCUCAUCAGAACAGGAAACCAUUGCUACCUGCCUCUCUCGUAAUGAUUUCUCAUAUUGUGGAAAUUACUGAAGUAAUUCCCUGAGGCCUAGGUUAUGGGACUCAGGGGAACUCCUCAUUUCCCACUUAAAAUUUGAAAUAUAAUUAAUCAUUUUCUUAAGAGAAACAACCACAUAAUUACAUUCAUUAAUUAUUUGCCUUAAUCGUAGUUGUUCAUCAAAACAAGAAAUGUUUUAGAAUUGAAAGACGCACACACACGCACACAUGUACACACACACACAUGCUCAUAAUAAGCCCUUUACAGUAGGGGAAGCUGAGGCCAGGAGAAGGCGCAGCCUCUCAGGGCAGGGCUGUGAUGGAAACUUCUAAAUACACAGCCCCUUGGCCAGGCACAUGCUUGUAAUCCCAGCACAUUGGGAGGCCAAAGAAGGCAGAUCACUUAAGUCCAGGAGUUGGAGACCAGCCUGGGCAACAUGGCAAGACCCUGUCUCUACAAAAAAUACAAAAAUUAGCAGGGCGUGAUGGUGCAUGCCUGUAGUCCCGGAUACUUGGGCGGCUGAGGUGGGAGGAUCACCUGAGCCUGGGGAGGUCGAUGCUGCAGUGAGCGGUGAUCACACCACUGCACUCCAGCCUGGGCAACAGAGCAAGACCCUGUCUCAAAAACAAAACAAAAGAUCCUGAAGGCCGAUUUUCAAGCUGCAUUUAUUCCAGUCCCGGCUGAGACAGCAGGACAUCGGCCUGAAGACCCACCUGGACCAGCUGGACCUGCAGAUUAGCAAGCUGCAGCUGGAUGUGGGCACAGCCUCAGGGGAGGCCCUGGACAGUGACAGCAGGCCCAGCUCAGGCUUUUACGAGAUGAGCGACGGUGGAUCCUGCUCCCUGUCCACGUCCUGUGCCUCCGUCUGCAGUGACCACAUCUCUCCCUCGCUGGGCAGUUUGUUGCCUGUGGCCCAGGCCCACAGGGCCAGGCCCAGCAUGGGGGACUGGAGGCCCCGGUCGGUUGAUGAGACUACUGUGCCAGCGUGGAGACUCCAGGCUACCGAGGAGGACGCCAGGCCCCCGGGGAGCGUGGAGGAUGCAGGCCAGCCGUGGGGCACAUUCUGGCCCAGGCCUGUGUCUACAGGUGAUCUUGACAGAGCCCUGCCGAUGGACACGGGGCUCCAGAAAGCCAGCACGGACGCCGAGCUCCUCGGGCUCCUCUGCCAGGGGGCGGACAUCCCGCUGCACGUGCCGGACCCCAAGUAUCGGCAGGACCUGGUGUCCCAGGGCGGCAGGGAGGUGUACCCGUACCCCAGCCCCCUGCACGCCGUGGCUCUGCAGAGCCCCCUGUUUGUCCUGACUAAGGAAACCCCACAGAGAGGUGGCCCCUCGUUCCCUAGGGAGAGCCCUAUGGGCCCCGCAGGUCUGAACACCAUCCAGACUGGGCCGGUCCUCGAGGCUGGCCCGGCCAGGGCCAGAGCUUAUAUCGACAGGCUGCUGCAUCUGUGGGGCCAGGAGACCCCAGCAAAGGGUAGCGGGGGAGGACAGGGACCUCUAAGGCAUGCAGCGUCCCCAUCUCCACAGAGGCAGGGUGGCUGGAGUACAGACGGUGGAGGGCGACUGCUGGUCUUCGCCCCAGGGAGGGAGGACGAGGGAGGGCCAGCUCAGAGCAGGGGUGCCGGCAGGGGCGGGCCCCAGCAGCAGGGAUCCAUGCCCCUUGAGGGUCCCCAGCAGUCUGGCAGCUUUCCAGAGGAGGGCUCCAAGCCCUCAAACAGCUGCGUCCUCAGGGAGACCAUGGUGCAGCCUUCUCCCAGCUUGAAGGCCCAGCAGACACCCUCAGCUCAGGACUAUGGACGAGGCAACAUCAUAUCCCCAUCCAGGAUGCUGGACAAGAGCCCCUCACCGGCCUCUGGGCACUUUGCCCACCCAUCCUUUGCUGCCAGUCUGAAAAUGGGUCCCCCCAAGAGCAAGGCUGAAAAAAUCAAGAGAAGUCCCAUGGACAAGGUGCUGAGGUUUGCAAGGCAGCCGCUGCUUCUACUGGACAGGCCUGAGGGAGCCCAUGCAGCCCCCCAGCCAUCCCUGGAGUGGGACCCUGCCCACUGGCCCCCAGGGAGGGGCGGGCUCCAGCGGAGGCCAGCCUUAGCCUGGGAGGCACCCGGGCGCUCCUGUUCCGAGUCCACCCUCUACCCCAUGCCUGUCCUCGUCCCCUUGGCAGUGGCCCCGCAGGAGAGCCACCGGACCUCAGCCCAAGCCCUGUUCCCCUUUGAGGCGUCACUGCUCACCUCAGUGGCCAGGAGGAAGCAUCGCGGCUGGCAGUCCACUGUGGAGAUCUCGGCCCGGGCCCGCCUGGCCAGCUGUCCUGAGUCUAACCUGGGGCCCCCCAGGCCCAUGGCCAGGAGAGCAGGUGGCCCACUGGCCCGGGGCCGGCCCUCACUGGUCCGCCAGGAUGCCUACACCAGGAGCGACUCAGAGCCCUCCAAGCACUCGGCCGAGUGUGACCCGCGGUUCCCAUCAGUCAUCCCGGAGACCAGCGAGGGAGAGUCCAGUGACCACACCACCAACCGAUUCGGAGACCAUGAGUCCAGCAGCAGCGACGAGGAGGGCGGCGCCCAGAGCAGGGACUGUGACCUGGCACUGGGCUAUGUGGCAGCUGGGCAUGCGGAGCUGGCCUGGACCCAGGAGGUCCCGGUCAGCUCGGGGCCACUCCUGUCCCCCGUGCCCAAGCUGUGCCGUAUUAAGGCCUCCAAGGCCCUGAAGAAGAAGAUCCGCAGGUUCCAGCCGACGGCCCUGAAGGUCAUGACCAUGGUGUGAGGCGCAGUGACUGCGUCAAGAGAAGCCUGCUGCACACAGGGGCCCUUUCCAUGCAGUGUCCUGUGCAUGUCUGGGUUUCAGUGUCAUCUUGCCAAGUCGCUUUAUCUUCUGAGGCCACCGUUUAACAGGAGUCCCCGCAGAUGGGUUCUGCCCUGUGGAGUACGGCGGUGAGUCCCCGCCCCAGCAAAGACUUCCAUGUGGAGCUCUGGUUUCAGAUGCCAGCAGCCUCCCCAGCCGACCCAGUGUCUCUUUUCAAGGUCUGCCCAGGAUGCUGCUUCCCGGCAUGCACCUCGUUUCCAUGUUGUCAUUCUCCCAUGGCUUCCCCUGCCCUCACUCCCCUCUGGCUGGGGAAGUGUUUCCCAAUCCUUUGACCAUUCCUCCCCAAAAGCAUUUUAAAGAGGCGGUUGCAGGACUCUGAGCUGGAAAUUGAAUUUGAGUUUAAACUCCACGUUAAGCUGUCAGCAUACACAAACACCCAAAUUACGCCAUGAUCUCAAAUAAAAGGAACAUUUUUUUCCCUCUUUUAACCUCUUCCUCCCUGAUUCCUUGUGUGGCACAUGGUAGGGUCACCAUAAUCAUCAUGCCUGCCCAUCACAGGGCACGUGCCAGCACAGGGCAGGGAAGGCAUCUUAUAAGUGAGUAGAGACUAAACUCUGGUUUUAGUAUAAAAAGUAAGGCAUAGGCUGGGCGUGGUGGCUCACGCCUGUAAUCCCAGCACUUUGGGAGGACAAGGUGGGUGGAUCACAAAGUCAGAAGAUCAAGACCAUCCUGGCCAACAUGGUGAAACCCCAUCUCUGCUAAAAAUACAAAAAAAAAAAAAAAAUAGCUGGGUUUGGUGGCAUGCACCUGUAAUCCCAGCUACUCGGGAGGCUGAGGCAGGAGAAUUGCUUGAACCCAGGAGGCGGAGGCUGCAGUGAGCCAAGAUUGCGCCACUGCACUCCAGCUUGGGCAACAGAGUGAAACUCCAUCUCAAAAGAAAAAAAAAAAAAGGGCAUAAAAGUGUUUUGGGGAAAAGAAAAAAAAAACUUUUUUUUUUGGUGUUUACUUUUCCAAAGUAAAUUUUCCUCAAAUUUUCAAGAAGAAAGAUAGCAGUGUUUUCAGGUAAGCUGCCUGGUGAGGGCCACAGCAUUUUCAAUUCAGAAAGCAGCUUUCUCCUGAAAGAUUGAAAGAAUUUUACUUGAAGGUGGAGAAGGCCGUUGAAGUCCCCGCAGACGUCCUGGGCCCCUCAGGGCUGAUGCAGCGGGGCAAGAUCGUUGGGAGGAAGCCAGUCAGAAAACCAGAGGAAGACAGGAGUAGAUUUGGAAGGAGGCGUGAAAUAUUCCUGGAACAAGGAGCUGGUUUUAGAUGCCUGUAAGGAACUUCACGUCUAGAACAAAGCGUAGGUGAGGGGAGGCUGCUGCUUAGCUCCCUGACAGUGAAGACAGUGGAGGCAGGGUCUGUUCUGUGUGCACACCACGAGAAAAUGCAAGCAUUUCCCAGGGGUCAGAGCAGACAGAUUCAAACACCCAUUGAGCUCAUCUGUGUGCAAUUUCAUCUGCCCUUCCUGAAAUCUGCUUCCUAACAGAAGGCCAGAAUCUUCCUGAAGCUUUCUAAAAACCUGCAUUGAAAUUUAAAAGGAUGAUUCAAACCCACUCAUGGAUGGGGGUGUUAUUGUAAAAGUUAAUUCACAGGGUAUUUUAUAAAAAUGACAACAGUUUUAUAAUGAAGCGUGGCUUCUCCAGGACCACUUAGCAGGUGAGGCUGUGACGACAGCCCCGUAGCCUGAGUCCCCGUCCUCACUGAGGACUGUGGGCGCAGCCUCAGUCCACGCAUGUUUUUGUAGCUGACCGUGCUGAAGACAUGGCUAGGAAGUUCCAUUAAGUCACAAAUUCUGCUCAUUCAUUGGUGCUUUUCACAGCAGCUUUGAGUGCACUCUCCAGAAAGUGCAAACUUCCUGUUCAUCCUCCAUGGUGACCUAGCUUGUAUCACAACUCUAGGCAGCUCCGACUCCGUGUUGCAGGCCAAGAUCACAGGGAAUCAGCCCAGAAGGAGAGUGAGUGCAGUGGGUCUGGGCUCCUCAGGGUUUUCUGACAGUGCCCGUCUUUUAGAAAGCUAGGCGUGGUUUCCUGAACAUUCAGCUUCCAACCUGCAGCCCGGAGGGGUGCAUUCCAGCCAAGUGAAUCCCGUCCUGCUCCGCACAGUCCUGCAAGCUGACCAGGAGAACCAUGCAGACUCCAGACAAAAUGCAGCCGUCGGGUCGGGGGCAGGAAGGGUCCUCAGUGAUCUGACAGUCCAAAUCAAUCAAUCAAUCAAUUGUUCUCCUUCCCUUGUCUCUCCAUCCUCUCUCUCUUCCUCAAUAAUGUGCUCUCUGGCUUUUGCUUUCUCUCUCUCUCCCUCUCUCAUGCUCUCUCUUUCUCCCCCAUUUUAACUGUGGAGGCCCAAACAUGCAUUUCAGUUUGCCUGAGGCCCAAGGCCUUGCCACUGCUCUUCUACUCUCCAGUAGCUUUGGAGUAAAGAAGUAGAAUUCUCACAGAUUCCAUGGGGGUCCUCGGAGGGUUCCCUAGCCCUCCUGCCCUGUCUACCCGGCACCCUGACUCCUUGACUCCGCUCAGUGUUCUGCGGGACCAGGCAGCCCAGGACAGGAGGACAGCUCUGUCUCCAGCUCCCAUCCCGCCUGGCCUCCUCAUAGCCUGGCUGAGUCGGCUUCCUCCUUCAUCAAAUGAAGCUGAUAGCUCCUCAGGAUUUGGAAGGAGGCGUAAGCUGGCAGUUUGAAAAUGGGACCCACAUCUGUCUGUGCUCCCCACAGUAGGGGCAAGGGGUGAGUUGGCCCAGGUUGUGGCCUCCCUAUAGUGUGCAGAGUUGGUGAGCCUCCCUGACCCGUCUGCAAACAUCGCCCAGGCACCACCAGGAAGAGUGGGCAGAUGCCACGUGCAGGCCCAGGGCAGAUAGCAGCCUGGGGAAAUGCUUUAAAACACAGAGUUAACAAUUAGAACGCCAGUCAUAAGAAGCCCGUUUUUGAGAGGGCUGACGACAGGGCGCUGAUGGGCAUGGCAGAGCCUUAAGCACUGUGAAUUCAGAGAACAGGGAUAUUGCAAGAAGGCCAGGUGGCCCAGGCAGGCGCGCAGAAAGAGGAUGGAUGGAGAUGCCCUGUGGUGAACAUUCGUCUCCUGAAUGUCUUAUGUUCUGUGCAUAUUUUUCCUCUAAACAGACAUAAUUGUAACCACUCACACAGAAGCAGAAAUGAACCAGGAAGCCCACUAAGGCAGAGCGUGGCCUGUCAUUUGAGGGGGUGUGAUUGAUUAGAUGACAGGGGCAGACUUCAAGUGCGUUGGAAGACAGAGGAGCUGUUUCCCUCUCUCUCAAGUGAUUAAAAAGUAGACAACGUAGAAUUUGACUUCCGGGGUCUUUAGAACUAACUUCUAGCAUGCUUACAAUAAAAAUAUUUUAACAAAAAUAAAAAUAACAGGAUAAAGUUGCUCUUUAUCCUUUCUAUCCUAAAAUAUCCUAUCCUCUUCUAUCCUAAAAUAAAAGGAUAAAGAAUUAAAGUUAAGCUAAAGUAAAAAAUAUGUCAGGAAUUCUAAAUUAUAAGAAUUUGUGAAAGAUUUAAUUAUAAUAUUAGGGAAAGUGUCCCAACCUACUUUAGCAAAUCAUACGUUAUCACUGAAGAAAACAGAGCGUAUCAUUACUGAUCAAAUUCAGGAAUAUAAGCGGGCACCCCAGCAAAGUUUUCUCUCUACAUCCUCUUGCUCCAGCUUGUAGAAUAAUUAAAGCCUGUCUUGGUCCAUUUUGUGUUGCUGUAACAGAACUGGGUAAUUGAAAGAGAAAAAAGGCUUAUUUGGCUCAUGAUAUGCAUGGCUGGAAAGUUCGAGACAGGCAGUGGCAUCUGAUAAGGCCUUUAUGCUGCUUCUACCCAUGGCAGAAAGCAGAAGGGGACCGGGCGUGUGUAGAGAGACACAUGGUGAGAGAAGAAGCAAGAGACAGAAGCCGAGGAAGCCAUUCUUUUAAUCACCUGCUCUCUCGGGAACUAGGCCAUUCCCCCAGAGCGAGAACUCACUUAGCUCUGAAGGACCGCGUUGGUCUAUUCAUGAGGGUUCUGCCCCCAUGACCCAGAAACGUCCAGGACCCACCUCCCAACACCACCACAUUGGGGAUCAAAUUUCAAAUUUCAGCAGAGGUUUUGGUGGGGACACACCACACGCAAACCAUAGCAGAGCCCUCUUAUGACAGAAUCCGCGGUUCUGUACAGUUACUGGAUCCUAAACAUUAAAUACAUAAAGCCUGAUGGAAAACGGGAGCACAUCUGGAAUGGAUUUAAUGCCGUCCUACUUUACAGGUCAAGUAUGUAUUUAAUCUCUGCGAAUAAAUGAAAGAUCAGUGAAAAAAGGGCAAAAUUAUUAUAUAAUACAGAUUUCAUGUGGCUUUAAUGUGAUGGUGCCUAGUUUUUAAACGGUUGACAAAAAGUAUAUUUAUUUUUAAAGAUUAAAGUCCACAAGAAUUU